AUGGAGGAGGAAGAUGAAGAAAUUAUUAAAAAUAAAUGGAUGUCAAAAACUGGAAUACAAUUUGCUAGUACUAUUGUUAGGGGAAGUUACAAAGGAAGUCUAGGUUGUGGUCAAGGAGGUUUAUUACCAUUUACUCAAGGACGUCUUUUUUGUUCAUUAAAAUGGAAAGGUUUUGAAGAUGAGAAUAGAGGAGGGAAAAGAAAUUUUCAAAAAAUAAAAAGAAGAGGAAGAACAACAAAAACAUUAAAAUCUUCAAUUUUGUAUCAACAAAGUAUUUUAUGCCCAGAAGAGAAUUUACAAAAGGAUUUACGUUUGUUGAAAUUAGAAAGGCGUUGGAAUGAAGAAAAAAGUGAAGGGAGAGGAGGAGGAAACAUUACUAAGAGAAUACCAAUACAAAUUGAAAAAAUGGAUUUGAAGGAGGAAGAAGAGGAGAAAGAAGAAACUAAAUUUGACGAGGGAAGAAGAAGAAGAAAAAUGGAAGAGGAGGAAGAAGAAAAUGAAUUGGAAAGGCAUUUAAGACUUGGGAAAGAAUUUGUGUUAAAAUUGAGAGAAAAUUUGCGUCAAAGUGGUGAACAACAACGCAAAUUAAAAGAUUUGUCACAAUAUGUAAGAGAAGAACCAUUACCUAAAUUAUCAUUUGGAUUACUUACUUUUUUACUUAAUGGACGCCAAGUUGAUUUAAGUAGACGUUUAAAACCUUUUAGAGGAGAAGGAGAACAAAAUGUUGGUGGUUUGGAACGUGUCUUUAAUCAAGACAAAAAGACUUUAAAUUGGACAAAAAUUUUACUAAAUAUACAAAGUGCAAAUGCUGUUCCUCAACGUAUAAAUGGUGAACCUAUGCAAAUUUAUUUGGGUCAAACCCAAAUAACCUCUAUAAGUGAUGGCCAUCAACCUAAUUGGCAUGAAACUUUAAUUUUUGAUAUCCAAUUAAAUGAGGAAGAUGAUGAAGAAAUGUUAUUGACAGUUGAAUUAUUUGAUAGAAUUAUAAAACCUUUUGAGGGGGAUGAUAGAGAAGUAGAUAUAAGGCACGAACGUGUAGAGAAUCGAUGGCUCGGGUUUGGGCAAAUUUUAUUAAAUUCCAAAGCUCUAAACUAUUGGACAAACACAAAAUUGGAUGGAUAUUUAUCUUUACAAACACCUCUUUUUUAUACUGGUUAUAAUUUUUCAUCAAAUGAAGAAGGAAUUCUUACAACACUUCGUAUACGUUUGAGUGUUGAACGUCAAUCAUCUAUUACCCGAUUAAGUGCCUCUGAACAAUUACAAACAAAUACAAUUGGUGAAACUGAUUUAAUUACAACAGAAUGUCUUAAAUUAGAAUCAAAAUUACGGCAACGUUUCCCAAAUAGAAGAAUUAUAUCUUUGGCUAUUAAUUCAAACGGGAAAAGAAUUGCAAUAUGUAAAUAUUUGAGAGAAAUAAAUCCACCAAUUCAAAUAAUUAAUUUAUUUAAUUCUGGACAAAAUAAAAAAGCUGUUAAAUUGGCUUGUAAGAUGGUCGCCUUAAUUCCAUUAAUUAAUGAAAGGAUGGAGAAAUUGAAAGAAUUUGUAUUACCUAUUUGGUUAACUGUUGAGGAGGUUAUUUGUAUUGGUUUUGCUUGUGCAGAUGAAUUAGCUAUAAUUUUAUGUUGUUGGCUUUUGGGGCUUAAAUUAAAUUGUUAUAUUUUGCUUGGAUCAACAUUAUCUAAUGGCCCCAACAGUGCUUUUGUUUUAAUUCAAUUUAGUGAUGGAGAACAGUGGAUAAUUGAUCCAACUACUGGUCACCAUUAUUCUCCAACAAAUCCCAACUGUCCACAAUUAUCAUUUGGUACAAUAUUCAACAAUAAAAAUAUAUUUAUUAAUAUGCAAAAUGAUGAACACCCUUCUCAAUUAAAUUUUGAUUUUACAAAGAAAAAUAAUUGGGAAAAUAUUUUUUGUCUUGAAAAAUUGUCAACUACUACUAGUCAAGCUUUGGUUUCUAUUCAAUCCGAAUAUUUACAAUAUGAACCUUUGAAAGAAAUUAGUUCAAGUUUUUUAUUGGAAUUGAGAACAAGUUUAGAAAGAGAAUUACGCUUAGCAUUUGAUGAAACAAGACCUUUUGCUAUCCCUCAGUGGAAUUUGUUGGCUUCUAGGUAA